GGGCCUUAGAACGCCGCAAUUUCCCAACGCCGCAUGACAACAGUAGCUUUAGAUCACUGUUGUCGUUAAAUAAUAUUAGACAAAUUGACAGUUAUAUUAUAAAUUACAUAUUGUGCCGAUAAUUGUUUUCUUGAACUCAUAUUUACUCAGAAAUGGCGGAUAAAUUGAGUGAUUUGUUGGGUCGACUAGGGAAAGGCCCAAAAGGCUUAGGAACGGGAGUGAAAUUAUUGGCACUUGCCGGUGCCGCUGCUUACGGAAUUACGCAGUCUCUUUACACAGUUGAUGGUGGUCAUCGGGCAAUCAUUUUCAACAGGAUUGGUGGAGUGCAGAAGGAUAUUUAUGCUGAAGGCCUUCAUUUCAGAAUUCCAUGGUUCCAGUAUCCAGUCAUCUAUGAUAUCAGGGCUCGUCCCCGCAAGAUCAGCUCUCCCACAGGUAGCAAGGACCUGCAGAUGGUGAAUAUCUCCCUGCGUGUCUUGUCCAGACCGAUCAGCGAUAAGCUUCCAGAGAUCCACCAGAACCUUGGCCAAGACUUUGAUGAGAAGGUUCUGCCUUCCAUCAUCAAUGAGGUGCUCAAGUCGGUGGUGGCAAAGUUCAAUGCUGCACAGCUUAUUACCAUGCGACAGCAGGUAUCACUGAUGAUCAGACGAGACCUGCACGAGCGAGCUGAGGACUUCAACAUCAUUCUGGACGACGUGUCCAUCACCGAACUCAGCUUUGGCCGCGAGUACACCAGCGCCGUCGAGUCCAAGCAGGUAGCUCAGCAAGAGGCACAGCGGGCGUCGUUCGUGGUAGAGCGCGCCAUGCAGGAGCGCCAGCAGAGAAUCGUCCAAGCUGAGGGAGAGGCUGAAGCUGCUAAGAUGUUAGGAGAGGCCAUCGGCAUUAAUCCAGGCUACCUGAAGCUGCGCAAGAUUAAAGCUGCUGGCAAUAUUGGCAAGACGCUUUCUACCUCGAGCAACCGCGUGUACCUGGACGGCGACACGCUCAUGCUGAACCUGAACGACAAGGAAUACGACAACAACCUAGACAAGGUCACCAAGCGUCGGUGAAACGAACUCGCAAGCCUCGCACGGCACACCGCACUCGCCAUAUUGCCUGAGCCCAGCCAUCCAGCUAUAGGCAGCGAGGGAGAAGCCAUAUUGUGUGCGGAGGAGAGUGAUGCUGUUUAGUCUAAGCUCUAUGGAAGCAUUAAUAAUCUAUUGAGCUAAUUGGUGGGCUGCGAUGAUGGUGAAAGAUGCUGCUUUAUUUGUACCUGUGUACCAAGUCAUUGUUUAAAUUCAUGAUAAAUUGGACUGUCACCGACAGUGAGGAGCUCAUGUGUCCUGAGGCAUUAUUAACGAGCAUUUUGGUGAGAUACGUCACGAAAUGUUGCGAUGUAGGGAUGUUCUUGAAAAUUAUUGCAGGAAACUGGAAUUGUUGCAAUCCAUUAACUUUGAUGCAGAGCUAUGAAACUGAAAUUAUUUUCUCUUCCUGAAUCCCAUACAUCACUUGAAAAUGGGGUACCGGAGAAUACCUUAGGAUAAACUUCUGAGAUACCUUGGGAUGAACUUUUGCCGAUGUACUUGCAGCUGAUGCAGGUUGGGUUCUUGAUUGAACUUGAGCGUAAAAUGUGGCACCCUAGCAAUUAGGCCGACGCCAUUAGUUCAGUAGUUGCGAGCCUCAAUCUCGAUUAUUUCCUGAAUAAUCUCGAACUUAUUAGCAGCAUGUUGUCGGCAUAGCUUAUUUAAUAAAUUAAUUUCCUUUGCUUCGAUCGAAUUGUAUUGGCUGAUAGGUGACCAGCUUCUUUCGACCUUAUGGUGUUUAACGUUCCUUAAUUUUAGUUCCAUCAACAUCUUACCGUGUUAUUGGGUUGUCAUUCUUCAGUGUCCUGUACAGGAAUUGUGAAUAAAUUUUGAGCGUGUCAUGUUUUGUCCGCUCCAAUUA